AUGACUACCCCGAGAGACACAUAUGCUCCGCAGAGGGUUGGAACAAUCAUGUCGCAGGUGAAUGAGACUACCACCAAAGCAUCUGUUACAACUGUCACCAUAGUUAUCGAUGCGCCGACGACAACGUUUGUUCCAGCAAGCGUUGUUUACACUGGCGGAUCAACUAUUGUUCUCACAACCCGCUAUACUACUACCACUGCAUCGGCAUCCGUAGUGUAUGUCCCCGACGCUGCGUUUCACUGCAGCGUUGUCGACACCGAGUGCCGUCAGCAGCGCUUGCUCAUGCUUGAUUACGAAGCCCGCAGCAGCCGCGACUACCAGGACCCAGAGGUGGUCUCAACCAUCACCAACCGGCAAACUACCGUUGCCGCGACCACGCUGACUGGCAGCUAUACUCGGUCUAUUACUAUCACCAUCACCAACUCUCGGAUCGUAGCUCAGACAAGGCGUCACACUGUUAUCAAUGCGGAAGUGAGGACUUACAUCCUCACCGAGUUCUAUCACCUGGUUUAUGUGCACAAGACACAAUUUAUCACGGCUAACAACUUCAACACAGUUACUACUACUAGCGCCACAACCGUGCUAAACACUCGUUACAGCACUGUUGUUAUCACUCGUACGCGGCCUACAACGGUCACUGAGGAUGUUUACACAUCUGCUCAGACAAUCCUUUCGACGCUUACAGUAUGGACUGGAGCGUCGGCUGUUACUAGCGGAACGACUACCGUACACGACGUUAUGGAAGGUUUUUAA